AUGGAACCAGAGCUGACAGUCAACAAGACCAAUGUGUUUAAUUACAUCCAUCCCUGCUACGUAUUAGAUAAUGCAACUUAUAUAUUUGCAAGUAAUCCUUCAAUUGUAUGCGUUGCUUUGUAUGUUUUUCUCGGCUUAUUGUCUGUUUGCACAAUAUGUGGAAACCUUCUUGUGAUAAUCGCUGUCAUUUACUUCAGACAGCUCCACAGCCCGACUAACUACCUCAUUCUGUCUUUAGCUGUGGCCGAUCUGCUUGUGGGGAUUCUAGUUUUCCCUUUCAGUAUGGCGUUCACUGUGUUCUCCUGUUGGUAUCAUGAAGGCCUGUUUUACAGAUACUAUGCAGUGUGCCAGCCUCUGACUUACAGAAGUAAAAUAAACCACCAUGUUAUUGGCAUCAUGAUCCUGGCAAGCUGGGGUGUUUCUGCACUAAUAGGAAUUGGUAUCACAAUUGCAGGAUUUAAUCAAGGAAAAUGUGAAGAAAGCUGUUUAAUGGAUGCUUUGAUAUCAACCACCUUGGCAUGUAUAUUCUCUUUUUAUAUCCCAGUCAUUGUUAUGCUUAGUAUCUACUUAAGAAUAUUUCUUGUCGCACAGAGACAAGUACGGAUCAUCCAGACUACAACAUGUCAGAGUACAAAGUCAGGAACUGUCAGUAAAAUGGAGAGAAAAGCUACCAAAACUCUGGCUAUAGUUAUGGGAGUUUUUAUUCUAUGUUGGACACCUUACUUCAUUUGUAUCAUCUUUCAACCUUUAACAUUUGAUGUAACUCCGAUUGCUGUGAUCGAAACACUAAACUGGCUUACGCUUUCUAAUUCAAUGCUGAAUCCUUUCAUCUAUGCUUUCUUUUACAGCUGGUUCAGAACAGCUUUUAGACUGAUCAUCACCGGAAAGAUAUUUCAUGCAGGGACUGACUUCUACCAGUAUGUGGACUGUAACACUAGGGCUAUAGACAUAAUGUAUGCAAGCAUCAAAGAUGUUAAAAUCAACCUACCUGCCUGCGUUGGGAAGACAGACCACAACCUUGUCCUGCUCAAACCUCAUUAUACACCAAAAGUGAGGAAAUUACCAAUAACCACACACUCAUUCAGGAAGUGGUCUCCUGAGGCUGAACAGGCUCUGAUAGGCUGCUUUGAGACCACUGACUGGGAUACACUGCAGGGGCCCCACAGUGAGAAUGUGGAAGAAAUGGUCGCAUGCACCAUGGACUACAUCAACUUCUACAUGGAUGAUGUUGUGCCAGUCAAGACUGUACGCUGCUUUGCCUAA